UGUUAGUGAAGCACAGAGAACUUGGUGUAAGGUUCAUUGUUUUCCUGUUUUCGUGCUGAGCUUAUUUCAUUUAAUAACCUACACAAGGUGUCUAUACUUGAUGUGAGGUAGUCAUACUGUUCUAUUUACAGUGAUUGUGAGUGCUGAGUAAGUGUGCAUUGUAAAUACAGCCUUAAUCCGGAUAGUUUAUUCACAUUAGCUAGAUUAGUACGUUACUGUAUUUACUGGUAUUUAUCAGGUAUUGAUUUUUAUGUCUGCUAGUUUAACAUUAAUGGACCUCAUUCACCGACAUCUUCCUACGUUUGUUCUUAAAUUUGUUCUUGAGAAAAAUCCUAAAAAAGUCUACAUCACAUUCACAAUCUGCAGAACUGUUCACACCUUUGUGCUCUUGAGUGUGUAGAUUCUGUUCUUACCUAAGAACAAACCCCAAAUGAGAAAACAUUGGUGAAUGUCAGAAUCUGUGUAAAAAGAGAAAUCACUUCUUACAAACAGUUGGAGAAUGUUCAGAUUUUUAAAUCAUAAACACGUUGAUUUACAUUUGAUCUGCCGUCUCUUUGAUUAAGAGAGAUCCCAUCACUGGAAACCAACGCGCAUCACAAAUACAGAGACAUGAACCAAACGCGGUCACUGUCUCAAUACAUUUGCCGGUGGUAGAACUGACUUCAUUGUGACGUCACAGUAUAUGCGCUACAGACAAUGCCCCUUAGUUACCGUUGCUAAGGGGCGUGGCCUGUAGUAUUUAAAUAGUGACGUCACAACGAAGUCCGCAGCAGUUGAUGAAAGUCGUCGAUCAGAGAGGUUCGAGGUUACAGCUGAGAUAUUAAACAGGGAACAAACAAGACGAAUUUUGGUUUUAAAGCCAAAUUCAGAAAACACAAUGAAGUCAAACCAAGACGAGCAAUCGCCACCCAGUCCCACAGGCUGUGGUUGCUGGUGCAGCUGCCUCCGUAGGAGGAAAAUCAUCCCCCAUAAGAAUGAAGAGGAGAAGAAGAGGCAGAGGAAGCUGGAAGAGGGGAGGAGGCAGCAAAACAGAGAGAGUGAGACAUCAACUAGAAAGAAGAGUGGACAGGACUGCAUGAGAGAGGCCUGUACAGAGGAGAUGAUAGGAGUGGGAGAGAUUCAGAAGAAGAAGAUCAGAGAUCUGAAGAAGAGACUUCAGCAGCAGAAGUUAGAGAUUCAAAGCUGCAUAGAAAAAGAGGAAGCUCUAAAGAGAGAGCUGAAACAAAUGAAAGAUAUAUUAUCGAAGAGAAGGAUGGAGAACCGAAAAGCCAGAGAGAGAGAAGAAGAACUGAGGAGAGGACUGGAGAUGAUGAAGGAGAGAAUUUCACAGAGAGAAAGAAAAAGAGAGGAAGAAAGGAAAUAUCGUGAUGGUUAUUUUGAUUUUUUACAUGUUUUUAACCUCCUCACAGUCCUAAACUGUAGGGAACAGAUGGACAUGAAGAUGCAGAAAGGGGAAAAGCUGCACCACAAAGUAGAAAAAAGGGCCUUUAGUGAUGGAAACCAACAGAAGACAUGUGACCAGAAGCAGGACGAAUCACGAGAGCAAGAAAAGCUAAACGGAGGAGUCCUGAGCCCAGAGCAGCCUGAAGCAUCUUCAUCCCUCACUGAGCCCUCCUGGCCUAUUGGAGAAACCAGGGCCUUUAACAGAAACCAACACAAUAAUAAAGACCAGCAGCAAGACAAGCCCAGAGAGCAACAGAAUCUCCAAGGAUUCAGCUGGUCUGUUUCUCUAAAUGGAGGAGCACUGAGCCCAGAGCAGCCUAAACUCCCAACAUCAUCCCUCGCUGAGCCCACCACACCUUUUAAUGUGAGAGACAGUGAGGAGAAUGAGGAACCUGGCUCGCAGCUUCAGUCUUUCCAGGAGCCAGAAGCAGAGGAACCGGCCUCAGAGACUCAGAUAAACACAGAUGAAAAGUGUGAGAACAGUCCGAGGCCACAACCGUCUGUUUUCAAGUGUUUCAGCAGAUUCUGGUUGCCGAAGAUCAGGAUGCCAAAGCUCAGUUUUAAGAAAUGGAGAAAAAGAGCAGAUUAAGCGACUGUGCCAUCC